AAUCCUGCAAUAAUCUGUCGCUUAUAAUGACAUUCCACGAGAGCUGCGAAUUCUUUAUUACCAGGAGCCCCCGCCCCCUCUCUCCGGUUAUUAGUUCCAUCCAGAUCCAGCUCGGAGCCGGUCGUCCCGGAGGAAAGUUUGAAAGCAUCUCGAGUCUUCCUCCUCGCGAGGAGACAGACAGCUAGCGAAGCGAGCAAAGCCAAGCGAGCAAGCAAAGGUAGGCUAAGCUUCCUUGGGCUCCGAGGCUAGCCGCUUUGGGCGGGGUCCAGAUCUAGCUAGCGGCGGCGGCGGAGCUGGGGUCGGAGGAGGCGGGGAAGAAGAAGAUGAAGGCGUCGCUGCGCAGCCGGCAGGAGCCCCGGCGGGUGAGCAACGGCGUCAUCAUCGCCGCCAUGCUGCUCUCGCUCUGCGUCCUCAGCAUCGUCAAGGCCCGAUACUGCUCCACCCCCUUCGGCAAGCCGGACGACCAGCUGCAGGAGCAGAUGAACUCCAGCAUCCGGAUGGAGACCGACCAUCCCGCCGCCACCGUAGAGGAAGAGCAGGAGGAUGAGGAAGACGUGGAGGAAGCCCCCGCGACGGCGGCCAAGGCAAGCACCACCUCGGCGGCGGCGGCGGUCGUCUCCGGCGCCGGGAAGAAGUCGCCGAAGCCAAAGUCCAAAUCGAAGCCGAAGAAGCAGACGUGCUACAUGACGAGCAAGCGGUCGGAGCGGUGCGAGGCCGCGGGGGACAUUCGGGUGGAGGGAAACGCCAGCCUCAUCCACAUCAACCCGCUCUCCAAGUCAUGGAAGACCAAGCCCUACGCCCGCUACCACGACCCCGUCGCCAUGGCGCACGUCCGCGAGUUCACCCUCAAGCCCUUUUCUUCUUCCUCUUCCCCGCCGCCGCCGGCGUGCACGAAGAACCACUCCGUCCCGGGCUUCCUCUUCUCCAACGGCGGCUUCUCCGGCAACCUCUACCACGACUACACCGACGUGCUCAUCCCGCUCUUCCUCACCACGCGCAGCUUCCGCGGCGAGGUCCGCUUCCUCCUCAGCGGGCUCAAGCCAUGGUGGGUCACCAAGUUCACCCCCUUGUUCAGGCAGCUGACCAACUACGACGUCCUCGACGUCGACAACGACGGCGAGAUCCACUGCUUCCCCCGCAUCGUCGUCGGCUCCACCUUCCACAAGGACAUGGGCGUCGACCCUUCCAAGUCCCCCGGCGGCGUCUCUGUCGUCGACUUCAAGCGCACCCUCCGCGCCGCCUUCGACCUCCCCCGCGCCUCCGCCUCCCGCGCCGGCGCCAGGGGCGACGGGAAACCCCGCCUGUUAAUCAUCUCCCGGAAGAGCUCCCGCCGGUUCCUGAACGAGAAGGAGAUGGCGGCGGCGGGGGCGGCCAUGGGGUUCCAGGUCCGGAUCGCGGAGCCCGACCAGCACACGGACAUGGCGACCUUCGCGCGGCUGGUGAACUCCGCCGACGUCAUGGUCGGCGUCCAUGGCGCCGGGCUGACCAACAUGGUGUUCCUCCCCGCCGGCGCCGUGCUGGUCCAGGUGGUGCCGUUCGGGGGCCUGGAGUGGCUCACCAGGGUGACCUUCAAGGAGCCGGCGGCGGACAUGGAGGUCAGGUACAUGGACUACAACGUGCAGCUGGAGGAGAGCUCGCUGCUUGACCAGUACCCCAGGAGCCACCAGGUGCUCGCGGACCCGUACGCCGUGCAUAAGCAAGGAUGGGACGCGCUCAAGACGGCGUACCUGGACAAGCAGAAUGUCCGGCUCGAUCUUGAUCGGUUCCGGGCCACGCUCCGGGACGCGCUCGCUUUGCUGCCGCCGGCCGCCGCGCCAUUGCCGGCGUGAGUGACAGCGGAAGCUCGAGAAGUUGGUUCGUUGGUAGAUAGAUAUAGGCUGUUGUAUAUCUACUAUCUGUUCCGGUUCUGCUCGACUUGAUUCUUGAUUUUUUGUUCUUCUUCUUCCUUUUUUCCUCUGCUUCUUCUUCGUUUUCCGGCAAGAUCGAUCCAUUGAUGGCGACGAGCUACGAAGUACAUGUCGUCGUUAUUACAGAGCCUGGAUGGACGGAUGCUGAUUGAUUCAUACCCUUUUUUUGUUUGUGAUUAGUUGUUGCUUAUGUCGAUUAAUUUACAAAAUGUCAAAAGACACACGAUGGCUUUUCCCAA